AUGCGAUUAUCCUUACUAACCGCCCUCUUCACCCUCGCGUCAUUUUCACAAUGCCAUGAACAACAGCCCUUAGUAAACACACAACUAGGUACCCUUGGCGGUCUCCACCUCCCUAAAUUCAACCAAGAUGCAUUCCUAGGAAUACCAUUCGCUCUCCCUCCAACUAAAAAUCUCCGAUUCGCACGUCCGCAACCCUACAAUGUUACCUGGAAAGGCGUAAAAGAAGUCACAUCAUACGGCAAAUCAUGCUACGGUAUGAGCAGUUUCUCCGACGGUCUCCCACUGGACGAAGACUGCCUAUUUCUCAACAUAGUUAGGCCAGCGGAAUCGAGCGGCAAGCUGCUUCCUGUGUUUAUCUGGAUUCAUGGAGGAGGAUGGAUCGGAGGGGGUUCCGCGGACCCGCGCUACAACCUCUCUUACCUCGUCAGCCAAUCCGUAGAGAUGGGUAAGCCGAUGAUUGGCAUAUCUCUAAACUACCGUAUGCUAGGCUUUGGGUUUCUGUCUGGGGGAGAUAUGGAAUCUACGGACUUCAAUGCAGCACUGAAAGAUCAGAGACUAGCGCUUCAGUGGAUUCAUGAUAAUAUCGCGGCGUUUGGGGGCGAUCCGGGGCAGGUCACCCUCGCGGGGGAGUCCGCGGGGGCGUGGUCGACUGGGUUUCAGCUCGUGGGUCAUGGAGGGGAUGCUGCAGAGAAGGGAUUGUUUCAGCGUGCUAUACUACAGGAGACUAAUUUACUUGCAGUCACUUCAAACGAGUUUUAUACCAAACGUUACAAUGAAUUGGCAGGGGAGAUGGGAUGCGAUACUUCGCCUAGCAAACUCGAGUGCCUCCGGGAGAUCCCACCGGAGAAGCUAUUUGACUAUUUCGUGGGGCACCUGCUGGAAUACUUCUGGGAUCCUACUCUAGACGGCGAUUUCCUUCAAAAAGAGCCAUGGGAGCUAAUGGAGAACGGACAGUUCGCCAAAGUAGACAUCCUGAUAGGCACAAACAUGGACGAAUGCACAUGCCCCACCCACGGCCCUCGAGGCUUCUUUAACACGACCGAGCAAUUGCGGGAUUUCUUGAUAAAUGGCGCACCCCACCCCCCGGAAUACCGCAUCCUCUCCCCCCUUCUCCCCCCCGAACUCGCCGACCGCCUCCUCUCCGCCUACCCCGACUCCCCCUCGGACGGCUGCCCCUUCAAAACCGGGCCCGAGCGCUUCGAAGAGCACGGCUACCAGUACAAGCGCGGCGCCGCGAUGAUCGGCGACUGGCUGAUGCAGGCCGGGCGGCGACAUGUGGCGCAGCAGUUCGCAGACGUCGGGAAGAAGGUGUAUUCGUAUCAUUUUGAGCAGGAGCCGGUGCAUGGGGUGGAGUUUGGAGUUGUGGAGGAGCAUCCCGUGGGCGUGGCGCAUUUUACGGAUGUUGCGUAUAUUUUUAAUAUCCCCGAUCCGGAGCUGGUCAAUCACUUUGGGGUUGAUCCGGGCCAUGUGGGGCUUGGAGAGUUAAUGUCAAGGAUGUGGAUCUCGUUUGUGACGACGAGGGAUCCGAAUAAUCAUGGGUUGGAUGUUGGCGGCUUGAAAUGGCCGCUGUAUAAGCGUGAAGGAGGAGAGAACAUCAUCUUCAAGGCAAACGAAACGAGGAUUGAACCUGAUGAUUUUAGGAAGGAGGGAAUGCAGUUCUGGGCUGAGACGUGGGAACAGACGAGUAAGUCGAUGCAGGAACACGAGUUGAUGAGGGAGGUUUGAUGAAGCGCUCUCAUGGGAGAGAAGGACUCAGGGGAGAGAUAUGAGUUGGAAAGAUAAUUCACUGUUAGAUAGCUUGAUGCUUUCCCUGGAGAAAAGGGGUACUUGAUUCACUCCCCAUGACACCAGAUACAUCCAUAGAGGCAAAUAAU